AAGAAGAACAGCAAGACCACUGCUUCCCCAAAGGGAGAAAUAAAUAAAUAUUAAUUUAAAAAAAAAAAAAACUUCACUGUUUGACAAGAAUUUGAAUAGAUUUAGAAAGUGUUUCCAAAUCGCCUCGGCCUGCGGGAGCUGCAGUGAGACGGACGGAUUGUCAGUGCUGACAUGAUGGAAGAAUCUGCUUUUAAUUCAUCAGAUUUCUGGUCUCCAGUUCCCACUGUACCUGGACAGAUUGAGAAUGCUAUGUUCCUGAAUAAGGUGAAGGAGCAUCAGGAAAAGAAUGCUUCCUUCUCUUCUUCCUCUGCAUCCCACUACCAAACAGCUGUGGUCACCAUCCCCAUGUCUGGGGCCAAGUCAGAUAACGGGCAUAUUGGGAGUGUAGCACACGGUCACCCUCAACACAGCACCCAGAAUGUCACAGUGCUCCCUGUUCAUUCUACAGGUAUCAUGACAGCAGCUGGUCUGGUCAUCACAACUCCUCAGGGUACACUCGUCUCGCCCACAUCGUCCGAGUCAUUCGUCUCUGGUCAUCCUGCAACGACCAUGAUUGUUUCAGCUCUCCAUUCUUCUAGUACAGACAAAAAAUAUGGAGAGGAAAUGUCCCAUGUGGUUGUUGUACCUGCACCAUCAAAAGGAGGCCGAAAGAAAAAGACAGCACCACCCACGGUUGGUCCUGUGGAUUGCCAUACUCUUCCAGUGGGGAAUGAAACUGUAAUAUUAGCUCAACUGACACCCAGCGGCCAAGUGACAACAUCACAGCAUCAUGCACGACACCCAUAUGAGCUGUCAAAUGAGCAGCGAGACCUAGGACAGAAAGAUGGCACGAAGACAUACAGGUGCCGGAUGUGUGCGGCGACCUUCUUCAGUAAGUCUCACAUGCAGAUCCACUCCAAGUCGCACACAGAGGCCAAACCUCACAAGUGUCCCCACUGCGCCAAGUCAUUCGCCAACUCCAGCUACCUGGCCCAGCACAUUCGCAUCCACAGCGGGGCCAAGCCAUACACCUGCUCCUACUGCCAGAAAUCAUUCAGGCAGCUCAGUCACUUACAGCAGCACACACGGAACCACACAGAAUCUAAACCUCACAAGUGUCCCCAUUGUAUCAAGUCGUUUGCCAAUUCUAGCUACCUGGCCCAACAUAUCCGCAUCCACACUGGAGUGAAACCCUACACCUGCACCUACUGCGACAAGUGCUUCAGACAGCUCAGUCACCUUCAGCAGCACAUGAGGAUUCACACUGGCGACCGGCCUUACAGGUGUACCCAUCCUAACUGUGAGAAAGCUUUUACACAGCUCUCAAAUUUACAGUCUCACCGCCGCCAGCACAGCAAGAACAAGCCCUACAGGUGCUCCCACUGCAAUAAAGGCUACAUAGAUGCAGCAAGCCUAGAGGUGCACAUGUCCAAACACACAGUGCAACAUGCCAGGAUCUACUCGUGUAGUCUCUGCAACCGCAGUUACACAUCAGUAAGACAAAUGUCCAUUUCUGAAGACCAUUUCUACAUGAAACAGUAUGAAACGCAUCACUGGCAUCAGACGCCUGGCAGCUACUUUAGACCGUGUAGUCAUAUGUCCACUGUUUCCCCUCUACCUAUCCUCCCCUCAUCCCAGGAGACUUAUCUGGUGAAACACAUGGAGAAACACAACCCAGAACUGCUAACUGCACCAGCAGUCACGGUCCAACAGAAUCAGAGCCAAGGCCAGGCUGAAGCUCAGAGACGGAGAGGACAUGCAGAAGAUGGUCUGACACGACCCGGAGGAGCUGGUGGAGACCAGCAAGGACAGAGCCGGGGUAGCUACUUGGAAACAGAAACCAUCGCCUGUCCGUUUGACCUCCAGCAGUAUAAGACCGUGUCUGCCAGUGACAUCCAGUACAAACCCGUUAGUGUGUCUAAUGUCACAUCGCACAAAGACCUCUGUCUGACUGUGUCAGAAAAUACCAUUCAAGUGGAACACCUCAGCUCGUAAAAGUGAUUAGAAGAGGGAAUGUGGCAGGUGUGGACAUUAAAAUCAAGUGCAAGAAGUCAAGAAUUGGACAAUGGAUAGAUGAACAAUAAAAGCAAUACAAGAACUUUACAAUAUACAAGUGACAUAGGUAACACUAUACUGAAGAAAACCCAAGAAUAAAACUUUUUAAUUUGUCACUUUUCUUGCUUUUUUCCCUUCUCUAUAUUUACAUGUGAAAACUACAGAAAUGUAUUUUAUAACACAAAGACAGUGAAUAAUGUUGUUCUCUUUAUUUUUACGCUCCCUGCGCUUCCCUGCAAAUACAGGAUUAGCGGCAACAAUUCAUGGUCUCCUUGGUGAUUCAACUGCUAGUUGAUUGUGAUAAUUGUUUUACAUCUAUCCAAACCUUUGGUUUUGUGCUUUUACCUCUACUGUUUUGACAAGUAUAUGCCCACAAUUACAACUUUAGAAAAAGGUAAUGUAAAGGCUAGUUAAUUUUAAGGAAAGAAGAGGAGGAGAAAUGAAAUCAUAAUUGGGUAAAUACCGUUUCUACUAAUCCAUGUAUCUUUGAGAUGAGUUGGUUCAUUUUCAUAUAAUCCCUACAAUACGACUUUGUAUGUGCCUAAGAAAUGGAAUGAACAUCUGUUCCUGUACUU